CAGCGGUCGCUCUAAGAUCAACUCCUGCGCAGAUGAUCCACAUAACACCUUACGAUCAAUGGCUGAGUCUCAGUACUACAUUAGCGCGCGCACCUGUCUCACGCAUCGCUCUUUAGUGUAAUAUAAAAAUAGAAUUUUUUAAUAAAUAAUUAAAUUUAUAAUUUUUAUUUUGUAUUUAUAGUAAAAUUUAUUUUAUUCGGUUGUGUGUGUAUAGUGAUUGAAGUUUUCACCUUUUUUUUAUUUUAAUUUCGCAACAAUGGUGCCCCGGCCGGUAUCGCCCAGCCCCGCGGAGCCGCUCAUACCUCGUUUCUACGCGGGACGCUCCAUCCUCAUCACGGGAGCUACUGGCUUCAUGGGGAAGGUGUUGGUGGAACGCAUACUAGCAACGUGCCCCGACGUCGGCCGCCUCCACCUCCUCAUGCGGGACAAGAAGGGGCACUCGCCGCAGAAGAGGCUCGCGCAGCUGAAGCAGUCACAGGUAUUCGACAACGUGCGCGCGCGCAACCACCGCCAGCUGGACAAGCUGUGCGUGGUCUCCGGAGAUGUGUCCAAGCCACAGCUGGGGAUGGAUGCUGAGGCCAUCGCGCAGCUUCGAGAGGUGUCCAUAGUGUUCCACUCGGCGGCGACGCUGAAGUUCGACGAGCCGCUGCCGGUGGCCAUCGAGCAGAAUGUGCGCUCCGUGGAGCGACUGCUCGACAUCUGCGACAAACUACCCAACAUGGCGGCCUUCAUCCACGUGUCCACAGCAUACAGUAACGCGGAGCUGACCGUGGUGGAGGAACGUGUGUAUCCUGCACCAGUGCCACUGUCCCAGGCCUGCACCCUCGCGGAGACACUGCCGGUAGACCUGCUCGGACAGAUCAAUACACAGUAUAUAUCCCCGAAGCCCAACACGUACACGUUCACGAAGGCGCUGGCUGAGAAUGUGGUGCAGGAACACGGGAACAGAGGAUACCCAGUCGCCAUAUUCAGACCUACUAUCGUGAUAUCAUCUCUCCGGCACCCAUUUCCUGGCUGGAUCGAGAACCUGAACGGCCCUAGCGGUGUGGUAGUGGCGGCUGGCAAGGGGCUGCUGCACGUGUUCUGCUGCAAGAUGGCGGCGCGCGCUGACAUGCUGCCGGUAGACAUGGCGAUAGACACACUGCUUGCUGUAGCUUGGGAGACUGCUAUAGAUCGACCAGAGUCAGUUCGUGUGUACAACUGCAGUACGUGCGAGAACCCUACGACGUGGCGGGAGUUCGAGACGGCGCUGCGCCACCACCUACGUGGACAUCCGUUGGACAACGCACUCUGGUACCCCAGCGGCAUCACUGUGGAGAACAAGUACACACAGAAAACGCUGGAGACGGUACUGCAGACAGCUCCGUUGCACAUCGCUGAAUACGUGUCGAAGAUUUUAGGAAUUAAAACUAGAUUGAGCCUCAUAACAGUGAGUCAACGACUUAUUGCUAUGAAUGAGGUGCUAAGAUUCUUCUCAGUGCGUGAGUGGCACUUUGUGACCGACAACGUGCGCAAACUACACGCCAGGCUGACGCCACAAGAUGCUGCCAUCUACAACUUGGAUCCGCAGACAAUCAAUUGGAACGAACAUUACUGCAACUUUAUAAAAGGAGCCAGAAAAUAUUUGUUACAAGAGAAAGAUCAAGACAUCGAAGAGGCAAGAAAACAUUUGCGCAGGAUGUACUACUUACACCAAGGCGUAAUAUUCUUCGUGGUAACGCUGCUCUGUCGACUCGCGCUGCGUAACCAGUAUCUGCGUGCAUUCGUAUACCGUACCUUCAGAAUGCUGCUCACUGUCGCCGGCUCAGCUUACACUCGUAUACGACAGAGUUGAACAUUGACUAUACUUUGUCUUAUUUAGUGACUUUCUUUUUAAUACAUGUGUAGUAAAAUUCAUUUGACUAAGCUAUUUGCGCGACUAAGAGAAUACAAAAUAAAUUUAGUACAGAGACUGGAAAAACCAUUGGUUGUGUACACUUUUACGGUAAAUCCGGUAUAUUUAAUAAUAGCUGAUUAAAACAUUUUAUUUUUAUAUUCUCACAUGUAUGUCAAGUAAGUUAGUUGACUGUACAUAAAUUUUACUGUAGUUGCAUGGAAUAAUGGAUCUGUUGUAGCAAUUAUGUUUAUAUUACUUUAUUAAGAUUUUAAACUAGUGAAUUAUAAAUGUGAUGCAAUUUUAGUUAUAAGACAUAAUAUAUAGUGUUAAAUUAUAAGAAGCUUAUUAAACAAGAAUUUGCUCAAUAAAUUAUAUUAAUAUUGAGGGCGUGUCAUUGAAUGAAAGGUGUGAAAUAAUAAUUAACUAGUAGGAAUAGCGUGUGACGUAGAUUGCAAUUUGUAUAAGUUUUACAAUUCUGACAGUAAGCUAGGACGAUUGCCUUUGGCGAAUGUUUAUAAAUAGUACAUAAUUUUCGAAAAUAAAACUGGCAAAGUUGCUAUCUGAUUUUAGUUUUUAAGUUAUACAACUUUUAUUUAUCUAAGUUAUACCUAUUUAAUAAAUGUAAAUUGUGACAACUUUCGAAAUAUUGAGUCACGUAUUUACGGGUAAUGGUGUCAUAACGAAGUCAAAUGUAAUAAAUGUAUAUUUUUAAUAAAUGAAGCUUCGUUAGUUUUGGAAAAUAAU